AUAAUGUUACGGAAGAAUCCUUUAAUUAAUUUAUUUAUUAGAUCCUUUUAUCGCCUACCCGCUCCUAUUAAUAUUAAUUAUCUUUGAAAUAGAAGAUCUUUAAUUAGGACAUUUAUAGUUAUUCAAGUUUUAACUGGUUUAUUUUUAUCUAUACACUAUUGCAGAAAUACCCUUAUGGCUUUUUACUCUGUAAACCAUAUUAUACGAGAUGUAAGUAGAAGAUGAAUCAUACGUUAUAUUCACGCUAAUAGAGCUAGUUUCUUUUUAGCGUUUAUUUUUAUACAUAUUAGACGAAAUCUUUACUAUAAAACUUAUUAUCGAAAGAGAGCUUGAAUAGUUAGGAUUGUUUUGUUAAUUCUUUCUAUAUUAACUGCAUUCUUAAGGUAUGUCUUACCUUGAGGUCAGAUAAGUUUUUGAAGAGCUACAGUUAUUACAAAUUUUGUAACAGCUAUUCCUGUGUGAAGAGAAACUAUUGUAAAUUGACUAUGAGGAGGAUUUUCUGUAGAUAACCCUACUUUAAAUCGGUUCUAUACGUUUCACUUUUUGUUCCCCUUUCUUAUUAUUGCUUUAUCAAUCGUUCACUUAUUCUUUAUUCAUCAAACCAGGUCAAGUAAUCCUUUAAGAAAUUUCAGUGAUAAUAUAAAACUAGAUUUUUGACCUUACUAUAGAGUAAAAGAUAUUUUGAGAAUAUUCUUAUCCCUAUUUUUUUUUUUACUACUAGUAGGUUUCUCUCCUGAUUAUUUUAGAGAUGCUGAAAACUUUUUGAAGGCUAAUCCUAUAGUAACUCCUGUACAUAUUAAGCCAGAGUGAUACUUUUUAUUUGCCUAUGCAAUUUUACGGUGUAUUCCUAAUAAAAAGCUAAGAGUAUUAGCGCUUGUUUUUUCAAUUGUAGUAUUUUUUUUUUUUAUCUUCUCAAAAAAGAAAGUGCUCCCAAGUUUAGGUUAUCGUUUGGUAUUUUGAAUUUGAGCGAUAAAUUUUAUUAUAUUAACUUGACUAAGAAGGUGUCCUGUUAAAGAUAUCUUUAUCUUCAUAGCACAAAUUUCGAGUUUCAUUUACUUUUUCUUUUUGUUCCUUUUAAUAGUAAUUUA